AUGCUACGAAUAAUAAGGCCAGGUACCUAUGUGAUACAGUCGCUCUGCUUUUUACAUGUAUUCCACACAUAUUUCUAUGAAUUUACCGAAACUAGAGGUGAAUCGAUGCUGCCCACACUUAGCGCUACCAAAGACUUUGUCCAUGUAGAUAAGAGAUACAGAAACGGCAAGAAUGUACGGCUAGGAGAUUGCAUAGUGGCUGUAAAGCCAACAGAUCCUACACAUCGUGUAUGCAAGCGUAUUAGCGGCAUGCCUGGUGACCUAAUACUGGUUGAUCCCGGCGUCAAGAAGGACCUUGUCAACUAUUCUCGGAGUGAAGAAGCGAUGGAUGAUAAUGAGGAGUUUCGAACAUACAUCCGUGUACCGAAGGGGCAUGUGUGGGUCACAGGAGACAAUCUAUCACACUCUUUAGAUUCAAGAACAUAUAACGCAUUACCAAUGGGUCUCAUAAAAGGUAAGAUAGUAGCGGCAAAUGAUUUCAACGAACCAUUUUGGAACCCAAAAACUAAAAAGAUAUGGGGUUUCCGUAAGAUACCCAACACAUAUGAGGAUUUUUUGUCUGUUGAUUAA